UAUGUAUAUGGUUAGAACGGUGAAUAAUGUACGAAAGUACAGAUAUAGACGACACGAUGGUCGCUUUGAAGGAGCUAAGGUCGUUAAAGGAAUUAAGUGAAUUAGACUCGAGAUCCCUAGAGUCAUGUCUCACCGAGGAAUCGUAUGAUAGUGACAAUGAGAAUGAUAUCGAUCAUUCAGAUAGACAAACAAACGCGACAGAGGAGUGCAUAGAGAAAAAGAUUUUAGAGAUGAAAAAUCUUGAUAAUCUUAUGAAGAGAAUGAAUCUCCGAGUAAAGAAAGCAAGAGAAGAUACAUUGAUUUGUCAAUGUGAUAAUCGAAAGAGGCUGAAAAACAUUUUAUCAGCCGCCAGUCCAUCUGAAAAUGGUAAACUAGCUGAGAAUACACAGCUGUUUCUUCAAUUGUGUCCGACAUAUAUAACACUUAGCGCAGAAAGAAAAAACAUUAAAGAAUUGUAUUUGAAAUGUGAAAAACACGAUUCAACCACUGUGACGACAGAAUCACACACCAACAAUGUAUUAAACAUAUCGCUCGGAGCAAACGAUUUUAAGCUGCAAGCAUUUAGAAACCGAGAUACCAUGAACGUUAGCUCUCCUCAUAAUUCAUCGAACCACCUCAAUUUGGAAUUGCUUAACAAUGUCGAGAACGAAAAGUGGGAAACAAUGAAUACGAUAAGCAUCGCUGAGGAGGUAAUCGUUGAUGCAUUAGAUUUUGAUAUUAAUCCGUAUGUUAUCGACGAGGACACAAAGAAUGUACUCUUAGAACUGGACAAGAAACUUUCAGUCUAUUAUAAGAAUUUCUGCAAUGAUCGUGGGCAAUUGGUGAGGUUACAUGAUAGCAUAUCUAAGACGAAUACCGUGGUUUCCAUGAUAGACACUGUAUCGAUAAUGAAAAGCUUGCAAGAUGUUGAUAAAGAUUCUCUGGACAAAGUGAUUAAAGAGGCCUGUAUCAUUUAAUCCAUCGUCAAUUUUAAAUGUCGCCGAAAAAGAGACAAAACAUAUGAGGCAGAUGUACUUUUCUAAAAAUUAAUUAUGUAAUUCAUCACAUACAUAUNUAAACUCNCUUCGAAAGAGUAUCGAAUUUCUUCUAGUAUUGUCAGGUCUUUUAACAAAAUCAAAUGCUAAAACAACAAAUGAGAUCAUUAUUGAGGUAAACAUCUCUGAAAAUAUUAACAAUAUAUGUAUAUAUAUACAUAAAUAUAUAUAUAUAUAUUUAUAAUUAUGUAUGUAUGUAUAUGUAUAUAUAUGAAAUAUUUUUCUAAGAAAUAGCUUAAUGGAAUUUUUAUGCAUUAUUUUGAAUGUACAGAAUACACAAUGACAUUUGGCUUCUAGUUUAAGCAGUGCCUACUCACUAUCCUUAUUGAUUAAGGAAAUUGUAAAUUUCAAAUGACUAUAAUUAAAUAUAUAUAUUAAUACA